UCGUUCCAUAUCGAUCGUCGACACUUCAAAUAAGCAUUAUAGAAGUUACGACGUUAUUUGGAGAACAGAAAACAUUGGAGAGUCAAAAUGAGAAUUCUCGUUUUAAUCGCUGCCUUUCUUUACGUGGCUUCUGCCUAUACUGAUCCUGAAUGUUCGAACUACGACCAUGAGACGUACGGGUGUGUAGGAGAAUGUAUCUCUACAGGCGAUUGUCCUGGCUCUAAAUACCAGAGUAAUCUCUGCCCCACACAGCCAAAUGAUGUCAAAUGCUGCUUUACAGCCGAUACUGACGCCGAAUGUGCUACAUACAACCAUCCUACUCAUGGUACCGUAGGAAGCUGCAUUGCCAGUGAUCAGUGUCCCUUCGGCAACUACAUAUCUGGUCUCUGUCCAACGAUGGCUCAAGACAUCAAGUGUUGCUUCGGCAAACCAACAGACACAUGUCAAUCAGACGGAUCUGAUCCUUCUGAUUGUGACGACGCUUGUGGAACGACAGUCAAGUCCCUGGCCCAGCAAAUCUUCGAUAAACACCUCGCAGGAUCAAUAACUCUCAAGACUUCACAUCCAAACGGUGUGAGUGACGGUGCAGACCCUUAUAAUAACAUCCGGGAUACUGUGCUUGGUUGCAAGGCAAAAAGGUCAAGUUAUGAGUGCGCUCAGGGCAGUGCUCCUGGUGGCUACGUGUGUCUCUCGGAGAGCCUCCUAAGAUACAUCCUGCAGCUGUCUAAUGAUGGUUACUGGCUUGCGGUCAACUCUUUGGCUGGUGCUUGUCACGGCAAGAACUCCUUGCAUUAUAGCGGGUUAGCGGUUGAUCUGGCUAAAACUUCAAGUUACAGCUACUUUAUGGAUAAGUGCAAUGAAAUGGGGGCAACAGAGAGCGUUGGCCCGGGCUACCCCUCCGCAGAUUAUCACACUCAUUGCGCUUUCUCUUCGUAGGAAAUAUGGGCUCUCGAAAUAUUUGUGGGAAAAUCUUGACAUGAAUUCUAAAUUUUGAAACAUACUACCCUCCCGAUCUACGUGUAGAUUAUGUUCAUUCUGAUUUUGAAGCAAUUUUAAUGGAUGGAGUUCGAUUUUCGGACAAAGUUUGCUAACAAAUUUGCCGACAAAAAAAAUAAACAGUCCCCCCCCCCCCCCAACAAAUAUCUUUAGUUUUUGAGAUGAUGUAGCCUACUCCAUGACAUAGCUUGAUGUAUAUCUCAAACAUUUUGUUUUCUUCAGACGGUUACUUUUUGAGGGGGUCGGGAAUAUUAUGAUUUUGUAAAAAUUGUAUGUAUGAUGUCAAAUUGUAACAACCAAACAUACUGGUCAAGAUUAAAUGAAAUCGUCCCGGAAAUCGUGUACUGAAAUACAUAAUAAUUGGAACUUG